GAGGGAGCAGAAACUGUGCGCAGAGCUCGGAUAGAGUUUCUCCCAGUAAGGGAUCUCUUUGACCGCCAUGGAUUCAGUUUCUGCGCCCUUGUGACUCACACAUCAACACACGAAAGAUCUCGCUCAGAGAAUCAGCUUUUGUUGUCUGAUUAUGAUUAUUUUUCCUUCUUUAAACUGCAGAAUAAACUCAUGGUGAUCGCCGAGUGCGCACCGCUCUCCUCGGGGCGCCAUGGGCUCGUAAGAUGCCUUCUCUGUGGAAACGGAUAACGUUCUCGACGGCCUCGGUGCUCUGCGUCCUCUCGGCGGUCCUCCUGGUGGUGGCCCUGUCCACGGAGCGGUGGGUUACCGGCAGGAUCCUCUGUAAAACCGGGGUGGAGAUCGUGAACGCGUCCCGUCCUGAGAUGGACCAGUUCAUCGGGGACAUAUAUUAUGGAUUAUUCCAGGGAGGCAAGGCCAAGAAGUGUGGACUGGGGAGAAGACGCUCCAAAAUCUACAUUUUUCCAAAGCUUGUGCAGACGUUAAACGGUGGCCUUCACAUCAUGGUGAUUCUGUUCCUGCUGGUGGCCAUCGGCUUCGCACUGGUCAGUCUAUCCUUCUGCAUCUACAACGCUCGCAAGGUUCCCUACCAGAGCAUCAAAGGGCCCAAGGGCCUCUACCUGUGGAACUGCAUCGCUGCUCUGUUUGGUGCCCUCGGUGUUCUGUGUUUCCUGGCAGCUGUUAGACACCACCGUCUGACCGAGCGGGUGGCAAACUAUCGAGAGAAUCUGUUUGUCCUCGUUGUCCUGGAUGACAGCCUGGACUGGUCCUUCUGGCUCGGUGUCGGCAGCAUUGCCACCCACUUUGCCGUCUGCGGGGUGGUCGCCAUGAGUCGGAUUAAGAUGCCCAAGCCUGAGCCCAAGAAGCCUGAAGAACCGACUAUAUCUGCUCUGGACCUGCUUUACUGAAGCACCAACCAGACAGGAGAGUUUGUAGCAUUUCUGCCACUGACAAGAGCAACCUUUGAAGACUGACAGCAGAUAAAACCAACACAGUGCCACAGUCCCUGCCUUUUGUAAUCUAUCUGACUUUCAGGCUCAACACAGCUGGAAUUACAGCCUUGUGACAUUAUUUUCAUGUAAAUUCUCAUUUGACAAAUAUUUUAUUUAUCUUAAUUUGCCAGCAGAAGCUAACUGUAGGAUUCAAGUAUUCAUUUUAACUUGCUAGAGGAGCCUCAUGCUUCAAACCACAUUCAUUUAUGAAAUGUGACAAACAAUUUUAAGUCUUCAAACUACAUUUUGACAAGAGAGCCCCUUGUUAUUGAGACUGUCAUGCCAGAAAACAUGGUGCAUUAACUUAGUGGUGUUUUUUUCCAAAGAGAUAUUUGAUGAAAUUAGCACAACACAGCUGACACAUACAAAGUUUGCAACCUAGUGCAGUAUUUACCCUCACUGUCAUAAAGCUGCUCAACAACAUUUUAAUGAGAAACACUGGCAUAAUGUUUAUCUUGGAUGAGUCAAAGUCUGUCAAAUAGGUUUUAUAAUGCUAAGUUUUCCUCAGUGUGUUUUAUAAAAACAAUGAAGUCUGCGGUAACGUUAACGUCAUGUUGACACACAAAUUUCUUCUUCAGAAUGACUUCAAAUGUGAUAAAUAUGAAGGCAAAUUGUGUUUAUGUUGAUUUGGUUUGAAGGAAUACCUGGGACAACACAUUUGACAAGAGUGUGCAUUUCAGCUCAGGAACAGCAUUUUGAACAUAUACAAAACAUGAAGGCUGCAUUAACGUCAACUUCAUGUUGUCAAAGAACUUUCUUCUUCAGAAUGACUUCAAAUUUCAUAAAUAUGAAGGUAAAUGAUGUUUAAGUUCAUUUGGUUUGAAGGAAUAGCAGUUACACCAUAUUUUACCAAAGUGUGCAUUUCAGCUCAGGCACAGCAUUUUAAGCAUAUAAAAAUCAUGAAGGCUGCAGUAACAUGAACUUCAUGUUGACACACAAAUUUCUUCUUCAGAAUAACAGCACAAAAUGAAAUCUCAUCCAAAGUUGUUUAAGUCAAUCCAACUGGACUUUAAGAAGGUUCCUUGAACACGUUUCACCUCUCAUCCAAGAGGCUUCUUCAGUUCUGGUGGUGGUUGAUGUUGCCUCAGCUUAUAACAUCUGUGAGGUGUGGUCAGUGUUAUUCACAUUCUGACGACCAUUGCCAAGGCCCACCUGGCUCCUCAACGAUGGUCGUUGGGAGCCAGGGAGUGACAAAGGGGGUCGUUGAAAUGCGAGUUUCACCGAGCCCUCGUAUGCUAAUGGUGGGCGUUAGCAUGAGCCACCUCACCUGAGUCAUUCUGCUGAGUAGUUCUUUUGGGGAGUUUUGAAAGGACCUGAUUGUAAAAUGGUGAAAGAUGAUGUCGCAGACCACCCCCCCUGUUCAGAGAUGGCUUCUCCACUUUGACAUGGAUGGUUUCUUUCACGCCUCUCUCAAACCAUCUGUCCUCCCUGUCCAAAAUCUGAACAUUGGUGUCCUGAAAUGAGUGUCCCUCUUCCUUGAGGUGAAGGAAGACCAUCGAAUCCUGUCCUGAGGAACUGGCUCUUCUGUGUUGAGCCAUACGCUUGUUAAGUGGCUGUUUGGUUUCCGCUAUGUAGAGAUCUGAGGUUGACACCAGCUAUUAAGCACAAGUUGUUCACCGUGAGAAGGAAGCAGAUAGACGCUUUAGAGAGCCAGAGGCUGAAUCCAAAGCCAAAGGAUAUAGUCAGAGCUUGUUCAUCCCAGUCAUCAGGGUUUUCUUGAUAAGGUUGAUCACCUCACAAAGCGCUGCAUAAUGGACCAUGAUGGUCUGAACAAGCCUGGAGUUUGAGUUCCAUCUAGUUGCUGCUGCAGGGAAUGUGCCUUUUCACCGCUUCAUCAAGCAGAUUGCUGCGUUCUGUAGACUUGCUGAAAUAAACUGCAAGGCCUUCCAGAGUCUUAAAAAAGAAUUUACAUUCAGUGCAGACUGCCAGAGGACGAGGUUCAGUUUGUGCCCGUGACAGAGUAAACAAUGCUUCCGGUACUUAUUCUCUGAUUUUUGCCUGCACUCCAUUUAGCUACAAUGUCAUAACUGAUGCCUCAUCAUAUGUUUGUGCUACUAACUUGUGUGCACAGUUUACCUUGUCCAGUAGACCUAAAACAUAGUUAGCGAUUGCUGUCGCUUUCCUGUCAUCGCUGUCAUCAUGAAAGCCUAGAAAAGCCUCCUUCACCCCACUGCCAGGACACUUACCUUCCACCACUGUGGUGUUGUUGGCGGACUUUAUGAUCUGGAUCCUCUGUUGUGUGGCUUGCACAGUCGUGUGUUAGCGGUGGACUGAGCGAACAGCCUUGAGGAGAUCCAGUGAUACUCUUGUGACCGCAAAGAAACUUUAUGAAAGUCUUCUUAAUGGUAAGGGCAGAAACACGCAUGUGUUAUUUUAGCAUAUAAUAUAUGUUAGGUAAACUACAAUCUACACUUUGGCACCCAAUAGUUUUUUAAUAUUGACAGUGUUUAGUCUUAAUUCAUUCCAUUGUGGUAAAGUGUUUCACUGUUGUUGGUAUAUUUUUGUGUAACUCCCCAAUUUUGUGCUCUAAUCACAUGGUUUUGCAUGGACUAAUAGUAUCUGUCCAGAGACCUACCCAAGGACAAAAGUGUGACUGGACUUGAGUUUGUGGUGCUUUAAAAAAAAAAAAAAAAAAAACUCUGUCAAUAAACAAUGUUCAUUUCAUUCUGCAUUUUAUACUACAUACAGUUAUACACAUAUACAUAUAUUAAGGCAAUUAGUGUUAUGUGUGAAACAGUCCUAACCCUAACCCUGCUGGUGAUAACAUCAAGCCACAGCUUACAUGGUAGCAGAAGUUAAAAGCUUUGUAUAACAUACAUAUACAGCAGUACCAGCAAUCUAAAACAUUACAGGAAUACUAAAUUUUACUAAACUGAACAUCCUUUUACAUUUCAUAGAGAAGUACAUUUUCUGACAAUCUACACAUUUUUUUUCACAGUCAAGUUGGAGCGUAGAACUUUUAAAGGAGUAUAUUCACAAAGUGGUCUAAAUACAUUUUCCAGCACUGUUCAAAUUGCUCCUCAUGGUUGUGCUAACUUUUCAUGGCAGCUUGCCAUGUGUGAAUGUGUUAACACAUUAAACGCUGCCAUGUAUAGACAGCCACUUUAAAUGUGUUCCUCUGAAAGCUCUGAAAUGCUGUCAUCCUGUUCACUUUCCUCUUCUCAAUGCUCUUUGUCUUCCUCCAACACGAGGAAAGAUGAGUCCAUGUCAAAACACGCAUAGGUGCUAGUGACAGAGCUCAGUUUCUCCAGAAGAACGUGGUGCUUGUGCAGAGAAGACAGCAGUGCAGUCCCCUGUAUGCCUCUUCUGUGGUUGUAGAUGAUGCGAAAGUAAAAAGUCAUGAAAAGUUUAUUAACAAUAUCAAUAAUAAUAAUAAUAAUAAGGCAACACUGAAGCUUG